AAAUUCGUUGGGUUCAUGAUCACAGUGGAGCCGAAAGAAAUAAAAAAUGACAUGUCAACGAGAGCCGAUGUUGGUAAUUUGCAGUUAUACAGGGGACCUAUGGCCAGGUAUUCCGAGGACUGUCCUAAUGCAAUUGUCCAUGCAUUCUUACUUCCGAAAGAAGACAUACGAGCCACGUGGAAAGCGCCACCUGCUGGAAGCGGAUGUGUAAUGUUCAGGGCAACUGUGCAAGAAAACAGAGAACAGUGGUUUAUGGAUGAAGGAGAUUUAAGUAAAGAAUUGUGUGAAGAAGAGCAAGAGAACCCAGAUGAACAGCCGGAUGUUUUAGAUGAAUGCUGUGCCUGUGAUGAAGCAAAAUAUGAGCUCACAUUUGAGGGAAUUUGGUCUAGACAUACACAUCCUAAAGAUUUUCCAACAAACGAAUGGCUGACGCAUUUUUCUGACGUGAUUGGAGCUUCCCACCGAAAUGAUUUCCGUAUUUUUGAAUAUGGUGGCAUCGCUUCUGAAGGUGUAAAAGAAGUAGCAGAAAAAGGCAGUACGAGAAGAUUGGAGUCCGAGCUCAAAGCAGAAUCAGAAAAGAUUCGCACCAUCAUCAAGGCAAAAGGCUUGUGGUAUCCGAAUGUUCAAGGCAAAACCUUUGCUGUGUUCCGUGUUGACAAGUACCACCAUCUGAUGUCCUUAUUAACCAUGCUGGGACCCAGUCCGGACUGGAUCGCUGGAGUGAGUGCCCUGGAGCUCUGUAUGAAGAACUGUUCGUGGGUGACGGAGAAGGUUAUGAAUCUUUAUCCAUGGGAUGCUGGAACUAACAGUGGCAUAAGCUACUUGUCUCCAAAGAUACCAACUUUACCCAAAGACAGAAUUCGUCGACUCACUUCGUCCACCCCGAACAACCCUCUUUCGCCAUUUUAUGAUCCGUCGGGGGCAACCAUGAAACCUGUUGCUCGUUUGCUUGUCACUAGACAGGGGGUGUAUGAAAAGUCAUGCGAAGAUUAUGAUUUCCCUCAAGCACCUGUCAUCAUUCAAACCACAGAAUCUCCUGAUAAUAGAAUGGAAUGUCGAGUUGGUGAGUGGACAGAAUUCGGGCCCUGCAGUGUGACGUGCGGCGAAGGCUUGCGAAUGAGUUCUCGUAGAUAUCUGAACAAGCAAAAGGCAGAAAUGUCUGGUUGCGAAGUAUCUUUAGUCAAAAAAGAAGCGUGCACAGAAAUAUCCAGAGAGUGUGGAAGUUGUUUAACAACUGAGUGGGAUGAAUGGUCUGAAUGUUCUGUAACUUGCGGAAAAGGUGUACGAACCAGGAGCCGCAAGUAUCUCAACAAAAAAGAUCGAAAAACAUGCAACACUCUUCUAUUAGAGAAAGAAGCUUGUAUGGGGAUGAAGCCAAUGUGCCCCGAAGCGCAGCCUGAUCCCCGAUGUGUGGUGACUAAUUGGUCAGAUUGGUCUCCCUGUACCGUCACGUGUGGCAAAGGAUUGAAGUUGCGCACUCGUCUGUACAUUAACCCCACGGCCAUAAGUGUAUGUAACGUCGAGUUAAUGCAGCAAACGCCAUGCAUGGCAGAAGUGCCAGACUGCAUCGCCAUUGAAUCAAAAAUAAAUUGUUCGCAGCCGAUGGAAGUUGGUCCUUGCCGUGGUUAUUUCCCACGAUGGCAUUUCGACAAUCAAAGGAAAAGAUGCCAGCAGUUCAUUUAUGGAGGCUGUCGAGGGAAUACGAACAACUUCGAGAGAUACGCAGACUGCAACCGACUUUGUGAACAAAAACUACCCGGUGUCGUUCCCAUGACAAAGCCGAUGAUGGCAAAGACAACGCCCAUGCCUGUACCGCUCAAAACAAUGGUUGACUGCAUGGUCACGCCUUGGUCAGAUUGGUCGCCAUGUUCGUCCACAUGUGGAAAUGGCAAACGAGAAAGAACCAGAAUGAUAAAACUGGAGGCCCAAAAUGGCGGUAAGCCUUGUCCCGCCCGCCUUGUAAAGAAGAAAAAGUGCAAAGAUUUACCACCUUGUAAUUAAUGAAGCAAGGAUGGAAUAUUUUUUUACCGUGAAAUUAUGAUCUUCAAAACAUCGAUGAAUCUCUGUACAUUCGCAAGUCACAAAAGAUGGGAAAUAUAUAUGCAUUGCGAAAAAGCAAGUCCUAUCGGAAGUACUUCAAAUACAUUCAAGACAAGAAACGCAAUAAAACAAAGAUGAUUGUAGCUAAAACACAUCAAACUGUCACUUGUUACAAAGAAUGUUUUGUGUUUGUGACCUUAUUUGUGUAAAAUUAUAUUUAAUUACUUGUAAUAUGUUUAUUAAAUGACCCGUGUGACAAAAAUAUGUGU